UACACUGUGUCAGGGAGAAAUGUUAGAGAUAGAUCUCGUCGUUUCCUGAGACUAGACAACAUGACAAUGAUUUCGAGUGGAAAGAAUGCUUCUAGGGAAGGCAGCCUGGAGAGAUUUACUCAUUUUAGAAAGGAUGAAUUUGAAAACGACUGGGAAAAACUGGCUGAGCACAAGUUUGGUCGAGUCUACAAGGUGAAGCUGAAACGCUGGCGUGAAACAUGUGCUUUAAAGACCACGACCAGAGACUACAGGAACAUGAUAAAUAUAUCCAGAAUUGGGAAACUGAAAUUUAACUAUUUAAUUUCCAUUUAUGGAAUAAGCAUAGAUCCACCUGCUCUUGUUAUGGAAUAUAUGAGCAAAGGCUCUCUGGAUAACCUCAUAACCAGUCACGCGUUAAUGUGGCCCAAGAAGUUCCAAAUAAUUCAUGAAGUCACCAUGGGGAUGAAUUUUCUACACAGUAUGCAACCUCCCAUCCUUCAUUUAAAUCUAAAACCCGCCAACAUCCUUUUCGAUGAUCAUCUGCAUCUGAAGAUUUCAGAUUUCGGCCUUAUUAAAUGGGAAGAAUUCUCCAGCAAGACGCAAUUCGCUGAAAUCCUCACAGCUCGGAAGAACACAAACUACAUUCCUCCAGAGACGUUUGCCCAGAGUCAAGAACCUCCUGGAACAAAGUUUGACGUGUACAGCUUUUCUAUAAUCAUGUGGGAAAUUCUCACACAACAGCGGUCAUAUCAAGGGUUGAAUAUGACAGAAAUAUUAUUAAGAGUGUCAUCUGGCAAAAGGCCUUGCGUAGACAACAUCCCCGAAGACAAGCCAUCUGAGUGUGAGAAGAUGAUAAGUGUUAUGCAGCAAUGCUGGCAUCAAGACUGCACCCAGCGACUUGAUUUCUCUGACAUCAUUCAGGUGACUGAAGUCCUCAGUGAUAUCUUUAAAAUCUCUGACCCUUAUCAACGGGAAGAGAGGAGAAAAAGUCUUCAUUACAUCGGGCCGAGUGUUUCGAAGGAAUCUUUAGAAGGUUCCCAAAACGUCCACUCCCUCCUCAAGAAAAAAGACUUUGAGUCGUUUAAGAAAGUUCUGAGAAAAGAGGAUGUGUCGAUGCUUUUCAAAGACAACAACACGCUCUUGCACCAUGCUGUGGCCAGUGGGGACAGAGAAAGCGUGCAGAAUGUCCUGGAUCUGGGCGCUUCUGUGAACUCCCAGAGCGUUAAAGGCUACACGCCGCUCAUCGUUGCUGUUCUUCACAAGUUUUAUGACAUCUGCAGCUUGCUGAUUGACCGUGGAGCUGACGUCAACCUCUGCGAAUGUGACCAGUGGACCCCGCUGCAUUUUGCCACCCAGGCUGGGAACGACAGAACCACUCGCCUUUUAUUAGACAAUAGGGCAAGAGCCGAUGCCAAGGAGAAGGAAGGUUGGACGCCUUUGCACUUAGCUUCUCAGAACGGCCACGAGUACAUAGUGAGGAUCUUAUUACUCCAUCUAAAUGGUGUGGAUGAGCAGGAGGGCCAGUCUGGACGGACGGCCCUUCACUUGGCUUGUUUGUACGGCUACCUAAAAAUCGUCGAGCUUCUAGUCUCAAAGGGGGCGGAUGUAAACAAAACAGAUAACCAGCAGUCCACCUCCCUGCAUUUGGCAGCAGACGAGGGUCACUACAGGGUAGUGCGUUUGCUGACACAAAGCGGGGCCGAUGUGAAUGCACAAGACGAGCGAAGCUACAGUCCCCUUCAUUAUGGUGCUACGAAAGGUUACAUGAGCAUCUGCAAGUACUUGCUGAACAACGGAGCCGACCCUGAUGCCAGAACCCAUCAGAACUGGACGGCAAUGCACCUGGCAGCCCUGAAGGGCCACCACAAGAUCAUUCUUGUGUUGGAGGAGCACCACGGCUCGAUCAACACCCAAGGAAAGGACGGCUGGACACCCCUGCAUCUGGCCUGCCACUACGAUCAGGAAGAAGUGGUCGCUGUGCUCCUGUCAGCCGGCGCCGACCCUAACCUGGCUGAGGAUCACAGCUGGACACCUCUUCACUUGGCUUGUAACACUAGCAGCUUCCCUAGUGUAUUACAGCUGAUAUCCCAUCAGGCCAAUGUAAACGCCCAGAAUAACAGCCAGUCGACUCCACUGCAUUUAGCCGUCCAGCACAACAACAUCCCUAUUAUGAAGGCACUGCUUAUGAAUAACGCAGAGCGGGGAAUGCUGGACUCAAAAGGAUGCACUGCCUUGAUGUUGGCCAAGCGGUGCAACAACACCGAAGCGGUGCUAUUACUGGAAAGCUAGCGCAUCGUUUGAGACACACGGAGCGAGAGCAGUGUUUUGUGACAGAUAACUCGACCAUUAUAGGGUGUGCGGCAUUGAUUUCUGCUAUUGAUUUCCAUCCUCCGCAAAGCCUGUUCUUAUAAACACAGUCGCUGCUGUUCUUGAUUUAAAUUCCAAGAAUUUAACGCUUUUGUCUGGGGUUAGAACAGACCUCAGGUGUGUUCUCAGAAUGUAAGUUAUGAAUGAAAUGAAUUUGUCCGUUUUUUCCUAUAAUGGCUAUAUAGUAAACUAUUUUAGCGUUUUCAAGUCAGCAUUUUCAAGUCAGCAUUCUAUCAUUGUCAGUUUAAACUAUUCAUACAUACGUGUAAAGUAAUAAUGUCAGGGUGAAAAAAUUAUAAGCAUUCGUGGAAUUUACAUGGCAUUCACAACUAAAAGAAAACAAGUUUGACAUGUUUUAAUUUCCCGACAGGCUUCCGUUUCUGAUCUUAAGCUCUGACGUGUAUCAAAAGUACAAAAGAUUUACCGAAAGGAAAGAAAAACAACUUUGUGAAUCCAGUCAUUGUACUUAGAAUACAAAAGCAUGCAAUUGUAUAAGACAGUACAUGCACUGCAAAGUAUGAAUUUCUUCCUUUGUCUUGAUUUAUAGUACAAAUAUUAAAAAAAUGAUUAAAUCAAAAUACAUUUUCUUGAGGAAAAAAUGACCAGAUGUUAAACUUAAAGCUACACAAUUAGCAGACAUUUUCUCUAGCGUAAAUGUUAUCAUAAAUGAUAUUUGAUAUUUUGUAUCUGUAAACAAGACUUAAUUUUAAAUUAAAUGCGUCUAUUUAAGUUUAAGAUAUUAGUUGUACUGGAAGACAAUUAAAAAAUAAAUUCUUAUUUUUUUUGUCGUGUAAAUCCAGCCAAUCAAGGAAAAACACUGUUACAUAAAGUCGAAUGGAAUGGUAUAAAGACCACGUCGGAAAACAUAAACAAAGCUGGUCCACAAGAACUUUAUGUUUCGUUUUUUAACACUCCAGAAUGGUUUGAACAUAAUACAAGCAACAACAAAAAUGAUUAGAGAAUCAAAAUGUUAAACAAAUAAUUUUAGAAUGAAUUCAAUAGGUAGAUUAAAAAAAUAAACAGUGAUCUAUAAUGCAACCUGCACGUCAUUACAGAACUGAAUAUGAGGUCAAUCUACUGUACUCAAGACUGAAACAAAGCUUUCUAUUUGACUCUCAGGUACAUUAAACAUGACAUGUCAUAAAAUAGCUUGAAUUAUAAUUGAACGUCAUUUCGAUAUAAUCAUAUACUUAUUGGGAUUCAGAGACAAUCAGUAAUUAGGAUUUUAAGCUAUAAUAUGAAUAUCAUAAUUACUUUUUUUAAGGUUCUUCCAUGAAAAAGUAUUCUCAUGAUAAUAAAAUGUCAAUGUUGUGAGAAGAAACAAAUCCUCUAUUAUCAGGCCUGCAGCCGUGUCCACUACAAUACACACGACACUUUUAAUAUCUCAUUAAGGUCUGCAAAAUAGCAAAAGCUUUGAUUUAAACACUCACAGCAUGACUUCUCUGUUGAUGGGAUAUUCAUUAAUAUUCUGUAAUGUGAAAUUAAAUCGCAUACUGUUUUUCUCAGGCGGUUUGCAGUGCUGAGGACUUGAAAUGUAAAGUUAUACAGAGUCCAACAGUGAUCUCAAAUGACCUCUGCUUUUGUGUAUGUGUACAUACAAAGUAAACCGAAGCUUUUGAAACACAAAGGAAGCUUUCUGCUGUGUGAUGUCUACACUUGUCGGAUUUCAUUUAUCAACUUUAUUUUGCUAAAUAAAUGUGAGUUUUCAUAAGAAUUUGUUCUAGGAAUAUAAAUUAUUCAGUUAAUUUUUUUCAUUCAUGUGUGUCCUCAAAAGCUUUCAUAAAUCCUUAGUCCACAAUAUAUUUCCCGGGCAGUACUGUUAAUGUUCGUAUAUGCGGAUUAGGUUUAAUUCUCCACUGAAAAUUUGUUAAAAAAGGAUUUACA